CCAAAUGAAACAAACAAUAAUUAAAAUCAACAUAAAAAAUAAAAUAAAAAAUCCAUUGCAUUUAAUUAUUAUAUUUCCAAAAAGAGAAUUGGUUGUAGACUUUGUGAAGCAAUAUUAUUAUGAUUUGUAUUUUUCCUAAGUGGCUUCAUCCCCAGAAUAAAUCACACCCCCCAUUGCAAUGACCCCCAGCAACAACUCUUCUGCAUCUUCAAACUCCCUUUUGGCUUUUCUAAGUGCUGUGAUUCUUUCUUUCAUCUUUUUCUUCAGGUCCUAAAGCAUACUUGUGAUUUCCUCCAUUAUUUCCUUUGAGAUUUGGACAGUAGUUGGUCAUACACCCAAUUCUAAAUUAGAGUUGGGAUGUCUGGAGGAGUAGUUUGAUACAGUGAUGCAUCUCCACAGAUACUUGAGUAAAGCUAUAUGCUGUGGUGUAGAUUUUUACUAUGGAGUUAAAUGCAAGUUAUGACGUCGAGCAUUCACAUUCUACACAAAGAAUACAGCAUGAGCUGUGGCCUCUAGAUCCAAUUGAUCCAAAGAAGGCAAAGUUUCCAUGUUGUUUGGUUUGGAAUCCACUUCCUGUGGUCUCAUGGUUGGCUCCCUUCAUUGGUCAUGUUGGCAUUUGCAGGGAGGAUGGAGUUGUUUUAGAUUUUUCAGGAUCAUAUCUUGUGAAUGUUGAUGAUUUUGCAUUUGGUCCAGUGGCAAGAUACUUGCAACUUGAUCGUAGACAGUGUUGCUUCCCCCCUAACCUAUCUGCACAUACAUGCAAGCACGGUUACCUGCAUGCCGAGUAUGGUACUGCAAUCGCAUGGGACGAUGCGUUACAGACAAGUUUGCGGUAUUUUGAGAACAAAACUCACAACCUUUUCACUUGCAACUGCCACUCGUUUGUUGCCAACUGUCUGAAUCGGCUGUGUUAUGGUGGAUCAAUGAAUUGGAACAUGGUGAAUGUAGGAGCUUUGGUAAUAUUUAAGGGGCACUGGGUUGAUUUCAGGUCAAUUGUAAGGUCUUUUCUGCCUUUUGUUGUGGUUGUUUGCUUAGGUGUUUUUAUGGUUGGAUGGCCCUUCUUACUUGGGUUACUAUCCUUCUCUCUACUCUUAAUAGGGUGGUUUCUAUUGGGUACUUGCCUAUUUAGAAACCUAUUAGAGUGCUAGAUGGUCUCUUGAAUUGAAAGAUGGUCAUGAUUUGUGUUCCCUCUUCUCCAAAUAACAGGUUUAAAUGUUGAUAUUGGAACAAGAAAUAGUUAUCUCUUAUGGAAAGUUAAUGGAAUAGCUUUUGAAAGUGUACUUGAUGCUUCGUUAGACCGUGAAUUAUGCAAUUGUAUUGACUAAUUGGUGGAACUGUUCUGCAACCUGAAUCCAAUGAGGAAGCUGUUCUAGUUGCA